AGACAACUGUCUUAUGAAUAAAUUUUAUAUAUUUUGUUCAGAUUCAAUCAAUAAACUGUUAUACAUUUAUAGAAUAAAAUUUCAAGAUGGCUCAAAUGGAGGAAAAAUGUUCAUGUAAAAGUAAAGUUUCAGGAAAGUCUGUUCAAUAUAAUAAAUUGGAACCAGCCCUCCGUCUAGAAUUAAGAACAAUUGUGAAGGCUCUAAGUUUGCCAGGAAAAGGUUUGCUUGCAGCAGAUGAAUCGCCUUCCAGUUUAGGAGAGAGAUUUAAACUUUUAGAUUUGGAAAAUUCUGAAACGACUCGCAGGGAUUACAGGCAAAUGCUGUUUUCUACAGAUAAGAGUAUUCUUGCACAAUAUAUCAGUGGAAUUCUUCUUCAUCACGAAACAUUGUAUCAGAAAACUUCUGAUAAUUUGGAAUUUGUGGAACUUUUGAGUCAGAAAUGUAUUAUUCCUGGGAUAAAAGUUGAUAAAGGCCUCGUAGAAAUAUUCGGAACCGAAGGAGAAAAAACGACUCAGGGUUUAGAUGAUUUACAAGAAAGGUGUAUUCAGUAUAAAAGAGACGGAUGUCAUUUUACAAAAUGGAGAUGCGUUUUUAAAAUUUCUGAUAAGUUACCGAGUCGAUUAGCAAUAGUUACUAAUUCCAACGUUCUUGCUAGAUACGCAACAAUAAGCCAAAGUGCAAGAUUGGUGCCGAUUGUUGAACCUGAAAUUUUAAACGAAGGGGAUUUUACGUUAGAAAAAGCCCUUGAUGUUCAUGAAGAAGUUUUAUCAACGUUAUUUCAAGUUUUUAAGGAAAAUAAUGUUUAUUUGGAAGGAAUGAUUCUCAAACCUGCUAUGGUAUUGCCAGGAACAAAUUCGAAGUUAAAUUUCCCACCACAGACUAUUGCAGAAUAUACAAUAACAGCAUUACAAAGAACAGUUCCAACAGCAGUGCAAACAAUAUUGUUUCUCAGUGGUGGUCAGCCAGAUUAUACAGCAUUUUUAAAUCUGAAUGCCAUUAAUCUUUAUGAUAGCAAAAAACCUUGGACUCUCACUUUUUGUUUUGGUCGAGCUCUUCAGAACGAAGCGAUGAAAGUUUGGAAUGGAGAUUCAACAAAUAUAUUGAAGGCUCAGGAAAUUUUUUUGGCAAGGGCAAAAUUAUGUUCGCAGGCUUCUGAAGGACAGAUGGAAGAGGACUUUUCAUUAAAUGAAAACCAGUAAAGAUAAUUUGCAUAUUUUCUGUUGUUAACUAUUCGUUACGAGCUUUGUACACUAAAACUAUAAUAUUAUUUUUUAUAUAAUGCAAACUUUGAAUAUGGCGAAUAUCUUUUGUUCCGCUUCUU